CACGUAGACACGGAGAUGGACUCGUACGGUGUAUUCGGUGACCGUAUAGUCCCGGGAGCCAGGCUUUACUCGGCGUCCACCAGCUACAAGGUGCUGUCCUUGCUGAGCUGUGGUACUUUUGGCAAAGUUGCCAAAUGCCGCAAGAUGGAUAGCAACAAAACAGUGGCAGUUAAAAUGAUCAGGAAUCAAGGCAGCUUUGCAGAGCAGGCUAAGAUCGAGAUCGACAUACUACAGAAAUUAAAAAAGAUCGAAAACUCCAAAAAACACCUGGUUCUGUGGAAUCGUGUCUUCAGCGACAUGGGGCAUAUUUGUCUUGAGUUUGAGUAUCUGGACAAAAACCUUCACGACUUUAUGAAGGAGCGGCAAUCAAAACAGCUCCAGGUGAAGGAGAUCCGUCCCAUCAUCCAGCAGCUGGUUAGCGCUCUUGACCACUUGAAGUGUGCUCAUAUGAUUCACGCCGACGUCAAGUUAGAAAACAUCAUGUUGAUCGACCAUCAGCAGCAGCCAUACAGAGUCAAAGUAAGUGACUUCAGCUCGGCCCACGAGGCGUCUGUCACCAAACAGAACUCCAACACACAGAACCACUCAUACCGGUCUCCAGAGAUCUUACUUGGAUCUCCGUACAACGAGGCAAUAGACAUGUGGUCUGUCGGUUGCGUGACGGCUUUUCUGUACCUUGGCGCUCAACUUUACCCUGGCAGGAAUGAAUAUGAAACGAUCAGGUACAUCAUGGAGACCCAGGGUCAGUUUCCAGAAGACCUCCUGGCCUCUGGUAAAAACACCGGAAUCUUUUUCCAAAAGGAGAACAAAAACUGUACCUGGAAACUGAAAACACCGGAACACUACCAACAAGAGACAGGAUUCCUAGCACGGGACACGCGGAAAAUCAAGUUGAACUCUCUCAACCACCUCCUGCAAUUUCAGCCGUGGGUUUUGGUUGCCAAGUACCCUGCUGACAAAGAUAUCCAUGCAGAUGAUAAGCAGAUGUUUGUGGACAUGCUGAAGGGAAUGCUGCACCUUGAAGCGUCUAAGCGAAUGACGCCCAGUCAAGGACUGGCGCAUCAGUUCAUCAGCAUGAGACACUUAAAACCUCAUCAAGACAUCAGCACUUACGCAAAGUCCUGCUACGAGAUAAUGGCCCAGUGUGAGAAGGACACAUCUCAUGCCAGUAAAACAAAGUCUGCGACCUUGCAAAGGACUUCUUCAAAAAGUUCCCACACUGUCCAGCAGAAUCACACCACAAGAAAAGUCAACUCAGGAAGGAACAGGACAAGGUCCAAUGAUGGAACCAUAAUGCAAACACGUGAUCUCCCCAAAAGGCUUAAAAUUGGAGGUGAAGACUAUCAGCAGAGGCUAAGAGUGGAUCAGCCCACCGACCAACCCAUCCAAAAAGAAAGAAGCCCAGCUGGGCCUCACCUCACCUGGCCUUUAAACUUCUCAAGACGGGUGAAGGAUUCUAAGUACCUGAAACCCAAAACUAGAUUUGCUGUGCGCUUCAUGGAGGAGCAAAGUGGAAGAGAUGAACACCACAGUCCGACUCGAACACACCACCACCUUGGCCGGGUAACAAAAGCUUCCAUCGGUAGUGAAUCAUUCGUCUGGACUCUAAGAAAGGACCCUUCAAAAAGCAUAUUGACUUAAUUGACUCUGGAUGCUGCAUUUUUAGUUUAUUCCUGCUGGUGUCAGCAGAGGACGAGCUAUGGAAUAUUAGAGGAUUGCUCGAGCUGAAUAGAGGAGGUGGUCAAGCAUUCUUGAGAGGCUGAGGCCUGGAUUCUACUGUUUCAUACGUGGGCAUUCAUUGGUGUCCUAGCUAAAUUCAUCUACCUCCUAUUAUGAUGUCACUGCUAUUGCUAAUGUAAUAUGACGUUGGAUCAAUGACGGACAUCUCAAAAAGCUACAGAAAUUCGAUAUAUGCCUGCACAAACA